GAGACAGGGAAGUUUUGUUCACUGCACGCUUGAAGGAUCUAGUUCCUUACUAGUUAGCACAGAGUAAGGAGCAAUCAGAGUAAUCAGACUCUGGCAAUCAUGGUCAACUUAGCUUGGCUGUGGUUUCUGCUGCUUGCACCCACUAUCCAUGGAAAAGUUGUUCUGGAUUUGACUGGCCCACAGGAGACCCAUGGCACCUGGAGAGCUUCGGUCAUUUUGCCAUGUGUGUACGACCCAUCUCCUGACUUCCUGGAACAAGGUGUUGUUUGGAGGCAGCUGGAUCAUCAUAAUAGAGCCAUCUUUCGCCGGGAUAAUGACUCCGGGGACCAGACACCUGUGGUGCAUUUCAGAGAUCGACUCACCGUUCCUAAACAGCCCCUGGGAGAUGUCUCCCUCCUGAUCCACACUCUCGACAUGACAGAUAGAGGGCGAUAUGCCUGUGAAGUUUCCUUCCUGACCAAAAACAAUACCAGGGUAACAAUAUCAAGGAUCAUCACACUGAAGGUUAAAAAAGUUCCAGUGACCAAGCCGGUCAUAAAGGCCACCAACAAUGAUGAAACCAGCCUGCCUGGCGUGAUGAGGUUCAACCUGACGUGCUUGACCAGCGGCUCUCCGCCCAUCACUUACCGCUGGUUCAAACAAGUGCAAGGAAGCAAUGCAACCCUUGUGGGCAAGGAAGCUGUACUUGCCUUUGACCGGCUGGAGGCAUCGGAUGCUGGCAGAUACUACUGUGAAGUUGAAAACAGGCUCAGCACACAGAGCCAGCAGAGUAAAACUAUUCGGAUAAACGUGCAAAGUCCUCCAGUGCCAUCUACUUCGGGGCCUACCACUGAGUUCACAAUGAACACCACAGCUGUGGCAGAUGCCACAAGUAUGGCUUGGAUGGUGUUUGGAGGAAGAACCACAUCUGGCAGCUUCAACUCAAGAGAGCUCACCACAGCAAAACGUCCAGCUACAACUUCAACACCAGCAACUAUGACAGGGAAGCCUUCACCACAGCCUACUGGGUCCAAGAUGUCGGAUUUCGCCAUCGUCAUGCUUGUUCUGAUCACCCUUGUUAUCACCGCUAUUCUUACAUGUUUUGUCUGCUACAGAAGAAAUGGACCUGGUGACGGAUUUCCAAUUUCAUACUUCUGCAUUACCAGAAGCACAGAUGAAGAUAGUGGUGAUGACAACACAGGUGGAAGUGAUGGGGCCCACCCACAUGACCUAGGAAGAGACAACAGGUGUGCAUGUUCAUAUGAGUACGAGGCACUGAACUGCAGUGCUGGCAACAGCUACAUCCUGGCACCUAUACUGGGCCUUGAGGAAGAGGCGAUAGAACUCAAGACAGUCAAUAUGUAUGAAGCCCUGGUCAGUGAUACAGAAUCUGAAUUUGAAGUGCUAGAUGCCCUGUGAGGCGCCCUUCUCCUCAACCCAGCCACUGCCAGGCUAUUUCCCAUAUUGUUUCUAUAGGUAAAAUUGUGCCACCAAUUGGGCGAAGAGACAAUACAUCUUGACUUUCCCUGACACAGCCGGGAUGCAGUAAAAAAACGGCCGCGAAUUGAGAAUUAGCAAUUUAAAAAAGCUCAACAUCAUUGCCCCAAAAUUGGCCAAAGCUCAAAAUUGUUUCACUUUUUGAAAUAUGGCAACCCUAGUUAAGUAGGAUGGAGUGUGGAUCACAAAAGCAAUGGCUUAUGUUCAAGAGUGCCUCGGAAAUGCAUUGUAGGUUCUCUGCCUCAGAACUGCCCUGUGUAAGGUGGAAGAUAGAUUUU